CUUGACAAAGGCAUAACUUCCAGUGCCGCGGGAUUCUGGUCCCCACAGCUGGCUGCUGGAAAUGCCACGAUGUGACGAUGGAUGGCUGGACCGUUGGGGAAGGGCUUGCCACUGGUGCUGCUGCUAUUUGCUGUUCAGGCUUUUCUCAUCGUCUCCUAAUGCAGCUGCCGGGCAGGUACCCAUCAUUAUAUGGGGUAUAACAGCUGGCUGCAGCGCUCGUGAGGCCAUCUUGGUACCUAAUAGGAGCAGCCAAAUCUGUCCAUAUCCAUAUCCAUCUGCGUAAUGCGUGUACGAGGUACGCACUCACGCCUCCGCCCUCACAGCCAAUUCCAAUUUAUCCCAAACAUGCAAGUACUACUUGUACGCACAGUAAUGUCAUGUGCCAGCAUGCAAGGUAUGAAUUGCUGUCAAAGGGCCCAUUAGGUAUUACUAUUGAAG